CAGUAAGUUCGGCCCCCGACCUGCCCCUCCCUCCUCCUGCUCCGGCCCCUCCUGCUCCUGCUCCUCCUCCUGUUCCUGCUCCUCCUCCUCCGGGAGACCAGCCUGCAGGUAGCUCCAGGCGCUCGGAGUCCUCACACAGACAGCGCCCACUCCCGGGGGUUGCCCUCUCGGGGCGGUGCGUCGGCCCUGGUGUUUCUGCUUCGUCGAGUGGGCCAGGCGGUGAAAUGGAGAGAGCGCCGUGGACAUCAAGCCGGGUUCCCAGCCCCGAUCCGAAGCCCUGAUCCCUGGAGCCUCUGCCGGCUGCGGCUCGGGAGCCAGACCCGCUGCUCUGCGCGCGCUCAGGACGCAGACUCCGCUGGUUGGGAUUAAUGCCAUGCCGAGCAGGAUGGGGUCCAAGACAAAUGUGGGUCGGGAGAUCGUUCGCAUUAAGGCACACUACAACGGGGACAUGCUGAUAACCAACCUGGAUGCAUCUAUGACCUAUGACGAACUUUGUGACGAAGUGAGAGAAAUGUGUAGUUUACACCAGCAACAGCCGAUCACCCUUAAAUGGAUCGAUGAUGAAGGUGAUCCGUGCACCAUAUCUUCUCCGAUGGAACUGGAAGAAGCUUUUCGCCUGUACUGUCAACACAGAGAUGAAGGACUCAUCAUUCACGUUUUUCCGAGCAUCCCAGAGAAGCCAGGAAUGCCCUGCCCGGGAGAAGACAAAUCAAUCUACCGCCGAGGGGCCAGAAGAUGGAGGAAGCUCUACCGAGUGAAUGGGCAUCUGUUUCAAGCCAAACGUUUUAACAGAAGAGCGUACUGUGGCCAGUGCAGUGAAAGGAUAUGGGGUCUCGGAAGGCAAGGCUACAAGUGUAUCAACUGCAAAUUGCUGGUCCAUAAACGUUGUCAUAUACUUGUACCACUGACCUGCAAAAGGCAUAUGGAUUCGGUGAUGCCUUCCCAAGAACCUCAAAUAGAUGAUAAAAACGAUGAAGUCGAUCUUCCCUCUGAAGAAACUGAUGGACUUGCUUAUAUUCCUUCAACCCGGAAACAUGACAGCCUUAAAGAUGAUUCUGAGGACAUUAAGCCAGUUAUUGAUGGAAUGGAUGGAAUUAAAAUAUCUCAGGGGCUUGGGCUGCAGGACUUCGAUUUAAUCAGAGUUAUUGGACGGGGAAGUUAUGCCAAAGUUCUCUUAGUGCGGUUGAAAAAGAACGACCAGAUUUAUGCCAUGAAGGUAGUCAAAAAGGAGUUGGUCCAUGAUGAUGAAGACAUCGACUGGGUGCAGACAGAGAAGCAUGUGUUUGAACAGGCCUCCAGCAAUCCAUUCCUUGUGGGCCUGCACUCCUGCUUCCAGACGUCGAGUCGGUUAUUCCUUGUCAUCGAGUACGUGAAUGGAGGGGAUCUCAUGUUUCAUAUGCAAAGGCAAAGAAAGCUUCCGGAGGAGCACGCCAGGUUUUAUGCUGCUGAAAUAUGUAUUGCUCUAAAUUUCCUCCACGAACGGGGAAUUAUCUACAGGGACUUAAAACUAGAUAAUGUCCUCUUAGAUGCUGAAGGUCACAUCAAAUUAACAGACUAUGGCAUGUGCAAGGAAGGAUUGGGUCCCGGUGAUACAACAAGCACUUUCUGUGGGACGCCGAAUUACAUUGCCCCAGAAAUCCUAAGGGGAGAAGAGUACGGGUUCAGUGUGGACUGGUGGGCCCUUGGCGUCCUGAUGUUUGAGAUGAUGGCGGGAAGAUCGCCAUUUGAUAUCAUCACAGACAAUCCGGACAUGAACACUGAAGAUUACCUCUUCCAAGUUAUCCUUGAGAAGCCUAUUCGAAUCCCCAGAUUUCUCUCUGUCAAAGCCUCCCACGUCUUGAAAGGAUUUUUAAAUAAGGAUCCCAAAGAGAGGCUUGGUUGCCAGCCACAAACGGGAUUUUCAGAUAUCAAGUCUCACACGUUCUUCCGCAGCAUAGACUGGGAUCUGCUGGAGAAGAAGCAAGCCCUCCCUCCUUUUCAGCCUCAGAUAACCGAUGAUUAUGGUCUGGAUAACUUUGAUACGCAGUUCACCAGCGAACCUGUGCAGCUAACCCCAGAUGACGAGGAUGUAGUAAAAAGAAUAGACCAGUCAGAAUUUGAAGGAUUUGAAUACAUCAACCCCUUGUUGCUUUCUACAGAAGAGUCAGUAUGAAGAAAUGGCAUCUCCAUUGUGGACAAAUAAUGUGAAUGAACUUUUACAUUUAUCCCUAACUACAGUAUAUGCAUGCAAGGCUGGGGAACUGUAAGGUUUUGAGUGGAGACCAAUGAUUUUUUUUAAAAAUUGCUGCUGAAAAUCAAAGAAGAGAAUAGAUUUUGGUGGGUGUCUUCCUCUAAGUGAUCCUGGUUUUGGAAUCUGGGGCACUGAUGCGACUGGCUUCUUUUCUGAGGGAAUGUGCACACGUGCCUGCUUCGUGGAAGAAUCUCAUGUUCGUUACGUCCUCGGGAAAUGAAUGUUCCAACGACUUUGAAGAUGCACACUUUCUACAAAACAAAACUUGAUGCAAUGGCCGACAAAUUCAAGAAAAUUAAAGUGUAAUAUCCUGAAGAAUAAAAUGUUACAGUGGUGUUGAACCUCA